AUGAAUUGGCUUACAAUUAGCUUACUACAUACUACGAUAAUGCCGUUGACAAUGGUGAUAGCCCUUCAACAACGGUCCGAUUGCGUAGCAGAAUGUGCCCAUCUGGAGAGCCAUAGAGCUUUCGAGUCCUGUGUCGCCGAAUGCUCUAAGCUACCCAGAAAGGACAACGUACCCGAUAUUGUCUAUUAUCCGACUCCACCCAAGAAUGUAUCAAUCGACACGGCCGUUGUGAUCGAUAAUGGGAAGUUUCUCGAGACAACUGUCACAUGGUCGUCAACCAAAGACCUGAGUCGAACUGGCUUUUACCUUCGCUAUAGUGCUAUUGGCGAACGCUGUCAACGAGAUUUCCCCGGCUACUUCGCGUCAAAUAUUGGCCCGAAGGAACGAUCACAUCCAAUUCCGCUGCUUUUCAACAACCAUCCAUUGGUAAUCAAUCAUGACUGUGAGUACAGGCUUCAAAUGCAUUCCAAACCUUAUCCAUACGGUGAUGCCGCCUACACCGCCAUCGAGCACCAUACAGUGCCACACUGCAUCGAUGGAUUUUGUGCGUGUAGUGGUGAGUUGAUUUCUCCUCCCAAAUUGAGGCAUAAUCCCAAACCAGAACGCGUCUACACUUUUUAUAUAACCCUUCAUGAAAGAUUCCGACCUCCGAUAGAGUUCAAAGAUCCAAAUGCGUUUCGAUUUCGGAUCGCCGAUGAUGGCGAGCGGGAGUUUAGCGGAACAAAGAAUGCUUUCCUUUCGUUGCAGGGCCAAACGAACUAUACAUACAUGUUUGAUUACGAUCUACAAAGACUCGAUGAGUACAAAGUUACGCUGUUCGCUGAAGACGAUCACUAUUGCCAUACGGAAGACGCAACCACAUAUUUUAAUACGUCUGCCCUGGAACCAAUUCUGCUCCCCAAUGCAAUCCCCAAAACGCCUACAUCGUCAAUGAAACACAUAUCAGUAUCACGAUAUGUUCCUCAGAAAUCCAACAUUCACUUGUUUGGUACUACACUCGUCUGGGAGGAUAAAACUACUGACUUGUACAUCGGCUGGCCACCCCAAGUCAUUGUAAAUGCCAUCCACGCAUUCAAUUCGCCUCUACGAUUCUAA